GAACCCCCCGCGCUUGGGCGACCUCCGGGCCGCCGCUGCUCGGGUCCCGCCCGUGGGCUCCCCGCCGCCGACGCCCAGGCUCUCUGCCGUCGGAGCUGCCUUCUCUCGCUCCUGGGAGGUCCUAGAGAUGCCAGAUGCCUUCACCAGGGUCAGCUCCCCUCUCGCAACCAGUGCGUUUCCGUGCCUUGCACGCCCGCGUGUCUCUCGGCAGUCCCCCUUUUCUGGUCGAACUCGGUCGUGAAGGAAUAGAAAGUUCACACAGCGUUCCCCCCGCGGCUCGGAACGUUACGGGUUAACUCGGUCCUCGCUGCCGACCGUAGUUUUCGCAGACAACUCGGUGUUUCCCUUGCGGAGCCGCAGCUGGGAAGGUUUUCUCCUUGGGGAAGUGAAAGGUGAAGCCAAGAACAGCAUAACUGAUUCCCAGAUGGAUGAUGUUGAAGUUAUUUAUACAAUUGACAUUCAGAAAUACAUUUCAUGCUAUCAGCUUUUUAGCUUUUAUAAUUCUUCUGGUGAAGUAAAUGAGCAGGCACUGAAGAAAAUAUUAUCAAAUGUCAAGAAGAACUUUCAUGCAGCAUUUGUCUUCACAAAGUCUUCUAUAAAGCAGGAUGUGGUUGGUUGGUACAAAUUGCGACGUCAUUCAGACCAGAUCAUGACAUUUAGAGAGAGACUGCUUCACAGAAACUUACAGCAGCAUCUGUCAAGCCGGGAACUUGUUUUUCUGUUACUAACACCAAGUAUAAUAACAGAAAGCUGCUCUACUCAUCGACUGGAGCAUGCCUUAUAUAAACCUCAGAAAGGACUUUUUCAUAGGAUACCUUUAGUGGUGGCCAAUCUGGGCAUGUCUGAACAGCUGGGUUAUAAAACUACAUCUGGUUCCUGUACGUCUGCUGGUUUCAGUCGAGCAGUAAAAACACACAGCUCUGAAUUUUUUAAAGAAGAUGGAUCUUUAAAGGAGGUGCAGAAGAUAAAUGAAAUGUAUACUUCUUUACAAGAUGAAUUAAAGAGUAUAUGUGAAAAAGUAGAACAUAGUGAGAGAGCUGUAGAAAAACUACUAAAUGAUGUAAACAGAUUAAAAGGAGAAAUUAAAAAAAGAAAACAAGCACAGAUGCAAGCAACACGAGAGAAGAAUGUCCAAAAAGACCCUCAGGAGAACAUUUUGCUUUGUCAAGCUUUACGGACCUUUUUUCCGAAUUGUGAACUUCUUCAUUCAUGUGUUAUCUCCUUGAAAAAUAGGCGCAUUUCUGGAAGUAGCUGUACUACCACCCACCCUCUCAGUGGGGUCGACAAUCUAACCCUAAUGGUGGAAUACACAGACUUUCCUGAAGCUAGUCCAGCUCGUAGUGCCCUGCCGGUGACCAAACGGAAAGCCUCAGACACAGAUGAUGGGUGGCAGUUCAAGAAGUCACGGCUGGGAGGGAUACAGAACAGACCCUCUAAAACAGAUACCAAUAGUAGUAACCAAGAACAAGCAUCCACAGUGAGCAGCUCCGAAACAGAUGAAGAGCUUGAGAGAAUGAAGGGUUCUGAAUUUCCCAUGAAGACACAUCACAUGAAGCCUUCAUGUUUUACUCUCUGGCUGAAAUGCUGAACCCACACGUUGACCAUUGCUCUUCCAUCAGUGACUUCCUAAGUGAUGGUUUUUCUAUAUUAGCUAUGAAUGUGCUGUCAUCUUUUAUUUAUGUGUUAACAUACAUUAGUUGCUGUGGGGUGCUUAUGGGGCCCACAUAGUACCUGGGAUGAAGUGUGCAAAUCAUGAGUUGCUGCUGGGUUUGCUUUACUGGUUACAUAAGAAGCGUCUGAACCCUAAUUUUAAAUUAAGCUUGAUGUCCCAUCCUUCAGGGAAUGAAAAGGAGAAAAAGAAUGCUUGUAAGACGUUUUUUUCUCAUUAUUCUCUGUCAUUUGGGGAUCUGUUUGUAUUACUGGAAUAAGAGACAUAGCACAGAUGCCUAUGGAUCGGCUUAUUUAGAGGACACUUCUAGUUUAUGAUAGACUAGUCCAGAGCUGAGUGUUGGGUCCUGUGAUGGACUGCACCACUGUCCAUCCCCAAGUGACAUCUCUGCAGAGAGAAGACGCCUGGUCCUACUCAGGCUUAUCUGCUUGUUAGGAAAUCUUAACAAUUUCAAAUCUACACCCUGUCCUGUGGGAUUUGUACAUUACAUAAGCAUUCCACUGUCCUGCACCCAUACUCUACAAUCCUGUUUACAACACGGAAUCUGGGCAUAAAGUCAAGUCCAGUACAAGUCAGCCCUGCCCUGUGUGACAUCGCAUUGUCUGUAAUGUGUUGUAUGAACUGUUUGGGGGGCCAGGUUUAAGUGAAGACCCCACAGUAACAAUUUUUAAAAUGUAUGUGAACGUUAAAUUUAACAAGUGUUAACAUUUUAAAAUGUAUGUGUAUGUAAAUGUGACAAGUAUUAACAUUUUAAAUAAUCUGUUUUACCUAGUGAACAUUCUGAUAUGAAGAGGAAGCUUCCCUCCUGAAACGCUUUCCUCAUGAUUCCAAAUUACUAUAAGAAUUAAAAAUUUAAUACUUUAUAGUUUGACAAGA